AUGAUGGGCACCAUCAAGCGAGGCAGCUGGGGGUUCCAUGCAGCAGCAGCGGCACUCAGUCCCCCGAGCCUAGACGAGAUCGGGUAUGCCGGCGGUGCACAUACGGCAGCCAUACAAGCAAAGGGCAGAGUAGCUUCGCUGCGGGUGUCGACGAGUCGCGGCCAUGGGAGGUGGCAGCUAGACGACCUCGUUGUUCAUCGCCGAGCAAGGGCGAACACAUCCGUCGAUCGGCUGCCAGACGACCUCACAGAGGCGCCCAUUUCCCCUUGGUUCUCGCCUUCCCCCGCAGAUGUGCUAGGUAAAGGUGUUGUGGCAUUGGGUGAGGUCAAGACAAGAGUCAGCCCAAUGCUCCGCGGCCUCCACCCCCUACUUCUAUUUUGGCCUGCCGAUGCCGGGAUGCUCCUUGCCAAACCCAGCAACACCAGAGGUUCUCUCCCUUGCGGCAUCUAG